AUGGUGCGGGUGGCUAAGAAAGCCCCUAAGCGUGGUGCUGCAGCUGUAGCUGCAGCAGCUGAAAGAUCAAAGCAAAAGAGAAAGAGUAAAACUUCCAGUCACCAGAGGUCCAAGUUUUCCAACCUGAGUCAGUGUACCUGUCGGCGCAGAAGUGAAACUACGUUCUUUCAGAUUACGGAGAAGGGAGAGAAAAGUCUUCGUCCGGCUACUGGGACCAAAUCGAAAAAAAAGGUCAAAUCAAGAAUUCACAAAGAACCUAGUGAGACAGCGCUGGCCUUGCUCAUCCAUGAGCGAGUGAAUGAAAAUACCAACGUGAUACCAACAGCCGAAGUUCCACUGGUCCCUGAAAGCGUGCCGGUUCCUAAUGAAGACAUGACCAGUUCCUAGACCCCAAAUGGUCCAAAGACCUAAAAAACAUCAAUGAAUGGGGUCUAGGAGCUGAGCCAUGGUCAUGGUGUCCAAGAUAAAUUCCACCACAUGGCAAUUGUAUGAUGGUGACAAUAAAAUCAAUCAGAUGUGAAAAAUAUGUA